AUUUAUUCAGACACCUCCGCCUGUUCUUCACUACUCUCACAGCAAACAUGGCCACAGACUUCUCCAAGAACGCAGAGGAGAGACCGGAGCCCUGUACGGCGGAUGUUAAAGGGAAUAUUCCCAGCUGGCUGCAGGGCACACUGCUGCGUAAUGGCCCUGGCAUAUUUACUGUGGGGGACACCAGCUACGACCACUGGUUCGAUGGGAUGGCCCUCAUGCACAGCUUCAACUUUAAAGACGGUGAAGUGACCCACAGGAGCAGAUUUCUUAGAAGUGACACCUAUAAAGCUAACAUGGCUGCAAACAGGAUAGUUGUGUCUGAAAUGGGGACAAUGGCAUACCCAGACCCCAGCAAGAACUUCAUUGUCAAGGCGAUUACCUUUCUCAAUCACACAGUGCCUGACUUCACUGACAAUGGCGCAAGCAAUUUCAUUAAAUACGGAAAUGACUAUUAUGCCACUUCCGAAACCAACUACAUCCGCAAGAUUGAUCCUGUGACCCUGGAAACUCAGGACAAGGUGGACUACAUGAAGUUCCUGCCGGUAAACAUGGCUUCAUCCCAUCCACACUAUGACAAAGAGGGCAACGCUUACAACAUCGGAACUUCAAUUGCAGAGAAGGGCAAGACUAAAUACAUGCUGUUCAAAGUCCCUGCUGUUUCGGAGAAAGACAAAGACAAGAAUGUCCCUGCGCUGAAGAAUGUUGAGGUGGUCUGCACAGUUCCCUGCCGCUCGCUGCUCACGCCCAGCUACUACCACAGUUUCGGCAUGACGGAGAACUACUUCAUCUUAAUCGAGCAGCCUUUCAAACUGGACAUCCUCAAGAUGGCCACUGCGUACAUGAGGGGGGUCAACUGGGCAAGCUGCCUGAAAUUCUGCCCUGAAGAAAAAACUCUGAUCCACCUGAUAGACAGAAAGACCGGCAAAGAGAUUGAGACGAAAUACUACACUGGAGCAAUGGUCGUCUACCAUCACGUGAACGCUUAUGAGGACGACGGUCACGUGCUCUUCGAUGUCAUCGCCUACAAUAAUAGCAGCCUUUAUGAUAUGUUUUACCUGAGCAAGCUGAAGAAAAACCCCGGUUUCCACGAUGACUCCUACUCCAAACCAAACUACAGAAGAUUUGUACUUCCCAUUCACUCUGACCCGGGCAUUGCAGUUGGAGAGGACCUGGUGAAACUCAAAUACACAACUGCCAGUGCUGUGAAGGAGAAAGAAGGCAAACUAAUGUGCCAGGCAGAGGUGCUCUGUGAAGGUUUUGAACUACCCAGAAUUAAUUAUGGCAUCAAUGGCAAGAGGCACCAGUUUGUCUAUGGGAACUGUGUGGAAGAGUCUGCACUGUCAAAACAGAUUGCGAAGUUGGACACAGAAACCAAGAAGAUGGUUUACUGGAGCGAGGACAACUGCUGGCCGUCGGAGCCUGUGUUCAUCCCCAGACCAAAUGGAGAGGCAGAGGAUGAUGGUGUGGUCUUAACCUCAGUUAUCAACACCAACCCAGGCCAGUCUUGUUUCAUCCUGAUUCUUGAUGCCAGAACAUUUAAAGAAAUAGCCCGAGCAUACGUGAAAGCUGAGCUCAACAAAGAUGUGCAUGGAUUUUUUAUCCCACAAGGAAGUGAGUGAGUUGUGUAUAUGUAACGUCCUCCAGAAAACUGUGCUGAAUGGCACAGGUAGGUAUCUAUUUGAACAUUUUAAUAGUUUGACACAAAAGUGUGGUGAGGAUGUGUAUCGUUUCAUGUACUACCUUAUCUCUGUAAUAGUGACUGUAUCAAAACACAUUUUUCUUGCUGUGUUUAAGAAACAUGCAGAUUUAUUGAUUUUGUGUAGAUCAAAAUGUUGCUUAAUCUUGUAUAUAGUAUGACUGUUUGUUAUGCAAUCCACAUUAUUCUAUCGUACUGCUGUGACCGUUAUUGUACUUGCGCUCCUCCUUUUCAUUAAAAAAAUCUAACAUGUGAA